CCGCACGCUCGUUUCCUGAUAAUCCCGUCCAUGCCGUCGCCGCUCGUGUCCGCUCAAGGGUGUGCGCACUCCCGAGACAGCAGGAAAUAUGGCGGCGCUCAUGACUCUCAGUCAGUUAUCGAGUGGAAACCCAGCCUAUGAGAACUACUACAGACAGGUGGAUCCAGGAAACACAGGCAAAAUAGCUGCUGGGGAUGCAGCUCAAUUCCUGAAGAAGUCAGGGCUGUCAGACAGUACACUGGGGAAGAUUUGGGAUUUAGCUGAUUCAGAACGAAAGGGCUAUCUGGAUAAGCGGGGUUUCUUCAUAGCUUUGAGAUUGGUGGCCUCAGCACAGGGUGGAAAUGAUAUCAGCCUUAACAACCUCAGCCAGUCCUUGGCGCCACCCAAAUUUAGAGACACAGACAGCCCGUCAUUAAGUGUAUCAUCAGCAUUAAGUGACUCUCAUUGGGCCAUAAGACCUGAUGAAAAAGGGAAAUUCGAUGGCAUUUUUGAGAGUCUGUCCCCAGUUAAUGGUCUCCUCUCUGGUGACAAAGUGAAGCCGGUGCUGAUAAACUCCAAGCUACCUCUGGAUGUGUUAGGAAAGAUUUGGGACCUGAGUGAUGUGGACAAAGAUGGACACUUGGACAAGGAAGAAUUCUCAGUGGCCAUGCAUCUUGUGUAUCGGGCCAUGGAGAAAGAACCAAUCCCCAGUACCUUGCCCGCCUCCCUCAUCCCUCCUUCCAAGAGGAAGAAGUCUGCGGUAGGGCUGCCAGGUGCUGUGGCUGUCCUCCCUGCUCUGUCUGGCCUCACAGCGAGCUCUGCUCCUCUUAAAGACACCCUGCGCUCCACUCCCUCUCUGAGCGCCGUCCCUCCCCUCAGCGCCGGCACGAGCAGCCUCUCCCCAAAGAAUUCCUUCAAAUCCAGCCCACAGCAGUCUGUGAACUGGGUGGUCCCGGUGGCUGACAGGGGGCGAUAUGAUGAGAUCUUCCUGAAAACAGACACUGAUAUGGACGGCCUCGUCACAGGCACUGAGGUCAUCGAGAUCUUUAUGCAGUCCACUCUCCCCCAGACUACACUUGCACAAAUAUGGGGACUGGCUGACACCAAACAGACAGGCAAACUGAGCCGGGAGCAGUUCUCUCUGGCCAUGUAUCUCAUCCAACAGAAGGUCACCAAGGGCCUGGACCCUCCAACGACUCUCACCCCAGACAUGAUCCCUCCAUCAGAGAGGACUGCAGUGCCAACAGCGGGUCCUAGCUAUACAGGGCUUCUGUCUGCUGUGAGACCUGAACUUGCUGCACUAGCUAACAUGCGCAGAGACAGCACCAGUUCCACGGGGUCGGUGGAGCUGACAGGCAUCAAAGAGCUGGAUGACCUCAGCCAGGAAAUAGCUCAGCUGCAGAGAGAGAAAUACACCCUGGAGCAAGAGAUCAGGGAGAAGGAGGAGGCCAUCAGACGGCAAAACAGUGAAGUUCAGGACAUGCAGAAUGACUUGGACAGAGAGAGCAGCAGUCUGCAGGACCUGGAGUCCCAGAAGCAGGAUGCCCAGGAGCGGCUGGAGGAGAUGGACCAGCAGCGAUCUAAGCUGGAGGGAAUGCUAAAUGACGUCAAGCAGAAAUGCCAGGAUGAAUCCCAGAUGAUCUCAUCCCUGCAGAGCCAGAUCCACUCUCAGGAGUCAGACCUCCAGAGCCAGGAGGACGAACUGAGCCGCACCAAGGCUGACCUGAGCCGGCUGCAGGAGGAGGAGGCCCAGCUGGAGCAGAGCCUGCUGUCUGGUCGCGUCCAGCUGGACAGCAUCGUCAAGUCGCUCAAAGCCACCCAGGAUGAGAUCAACCAGGCUCGUAGUAAGCUGUCCCAGAUCCAAGACACCCAACAGGAGGUGACCAAGACUAUUGAGCAAUAUAACAGCGCUCUAAAUGGCACGAAUGGAGGCAGCUUAACCAACCUGGCUGAUAUAAGUGACAGCUUUGCUGACAAGGAGAAUGGAGGCUUCAGAAGUGUGAGUGACUCUUUCAAGUCCAGGAUAGCCAUGUUCAACAACAAUACUCAGGAGCCCUCAGCAGACCCUUUCCAGACAGAGGACCCUUUCAAGUCAGACCCCUUCAAAGAUCCAUUUGGAGGAGAUCCUUUCAAAGAAAGUGAUCCCUUCAAAGGCACCUCAUCUGAAGACUUUUUCAAGAAGACAGACAAGUCUGACUUGUUUGGAUCCUCAGACCUCUUAAGUAAAAAACCCACACCGCCAGCCAAGCCAAGCCCCUUUGGCAGCAGUGAUCCCUUCACAUCAGCCAGCCCAAAACCAAAGGAUUCAGAUGUCUUUGGGACAAUGGACCCCUUUGGUAGCAACUCUUUUGGAAGCAAGGGUGGAUUUGCCGACUUUAGUCAGAUGUCAAAGAAGCCGGACAACCCUGUGCUCCCACCAAAGAAAAAUGUGCCUAACCGGCCUGCACCUCCCUAUGGAUCUGAACAUGGCAAGGAGUUUGGAAGUGAGAGUCAGCAGCUGGAGUGGGCCAAGCGGGAGAGCGAGCGUGAGGAGCAGGAGAGGCUGAGGAGGCUGCGGCUCCAGGAGCAGGAGGACCUGGAGCUGGCCAUCGCCCUCAGCAAGGCCGACAUGCCCAACGCUUGACCGGCCAGCUCCGAGUCUUCGGUCUUUUUUUCUCCUGACUUUCUACCGACUUCACGUUCCACAGACUGAGGAGGACAGCACUGACCCAGGCCCAAGACGACCAGCAGCCCCGACCACCACUUUCUGAAAGAGACCCGUGCUUCUCCAGCAAUGGCUGGACACAUGUCAGAUGACUCCACAUUUAGCAACCAGUUAAGGUUCAGUGCUCUCCAACUACAUGGCAACUAUAAUCAAGGACAAUACUUGAUUCAAGCCUGGCUGCGUUGUGUAGAACGUAGCGAUUUAAUGCAACCCGAACCAGCUGGCAACUUGACUACAACCUAUAUCUAGCUCUCUAUCUUGCUAUGGCUAACCACCCUGUCUUAUUCUAAGCCUUUUUGUUGCAAGGAAUUUAACCUUUUAAUAAUAUUUUUAUUUUGUUUUAUUAUUUAUAUACAAAAGCAAUGAAUCUGUGGUUUAUGAAGUACCUGUAAAUGCACUGUAUAAACUGUAUUAUAGCCUUUAAUUACAUAGAACCAUUAAUAUCAGAAGUGAAAGUGAUAUUGGAAGGCUAACUACUCCAUUAGCCUGUGAUUGUUUGUGUGAUUUCAAGGGCAUAGGGUUAUUUUUUUUUUCAUUAUGAUUACUCUUCUGCCUUGAGGAACGUCCUCAUGCAAUAAUAUUGUUUGAAGGUUUUGCAGUGUGUUGCCUUACGUACGAGCCUUUGAACAGCAAACAGCAAUCUGUAAAACCCACCUGCCUUAAAGGCUACGCUAAUGGAGCUUAAUCAAAUUAGAAUUAGAUUUUUAUUUCAAAUGUUAUAGUAAUUAUUUUAAAGUACUCCUCCCUUAUUGACUUCACAUCUAUUACUUCUUACUUUUAGUACAGUGAUAGCAGAAUUAUUCUAUAAUAAAAUCCUUAACCAAACUACGUAUCCAAAAGCAGAAGACGGUGAGGCUUUGGGGAUCACUAAUAAUUGUUUUAGUCCAAAAAUUGCUAGCAUGUCUGUACUUCUCCUAUUCUAGCAGAUGACAACAUAUGGAUUGAUAACCUCUUUAUAUACUGGAUCUUGGGUUAAAUAAUGUGUACCACUGUAACAUUGGCCGGCCCUUUGAAGAUAGUGUUACUAAUCACUGUGGUCUUCCUAAUCAAUGAAGUUCAGUCCACCAGGAGCGCUGUUACACCACCACACUGAAUCAUGCAGAAUCAGUUGUGUUGGUCAGAAGGUUGAUGUUGAUUGUCUUGGUAUAAUCCCCAAAGAAUUGCACUCCUUUUCAGUUUCCAACUUCUGUAAAACACUGUGUGAAGGCUAAUUUACUUUAUUCUCUCUACUGGUGCUGUUACUUAGUUGUGUCCUUUUUACCUGCAGAUGUGUCACAGUAGCAGUGAUACACAGAGUGACACCUGGCUGCAACUUGAACAUUUUUGCCAAUGUGUCACCACCUAAAUCAACCAUUGUAUCAUUUUCUCCUCAGUCGUGUCCUGUAGCCUGGUUGGAGGAUAUGGCUAUAUAUGCCUUAUAAUACUGCAUCCUUGUACUCAUGCUAUCAUAACACUAAUCUGGUUCAUUUGGCACAUAAUACAUGUAUAUUCCAAGCUGCCUUGGAGAUAUGCAGCAUGACAGUGCUUUAUUUAUCUAGCAUCAACAUAUCAACGUUCAUAUGUAAUAUUACAUAACAUGCCUGUGAUUAUAAAAUAUUUAAAAACUCUCAAAAUUGUAAUAACUCUUAAUAAAAGUAAUUUUAACAUUCUUGGAUCAAGACACUUCAUCCUUUAGAUAAGUUGUUGCAAAAGUCCACAUAAAGCACUUUGGAAGAAUUGAUGGGUGCAAGAUUAAUGCUGCAUUAACCCUAAAUGGUGAAUAUGGAUAGUAGUCCAAGAAUAACAGUGACCUUACGUUGCUCCACAACUCAAUAAGCCUUAAGCUGUUAUUGUUUUGAUAUGUUAUCGUGGAAAGAGAAUGCAUAAAUAAUUGUUUUUUGUUUUUUUUCCACUACUGGAGUUGAAAGUUGAUAUUGGACCAGAAAAGUGAAAUGAAAAUGAUACAUUUGCAUGUCACCACCAACUUUAUUUUUAACCU